GUUAUUGGAGUGUCAUGCCCCUUUGCACACACUCACCUUCAUUUUGCAUUAGGUCCGUGUCGGAGGUGAACCCGACCUCUAGUCUGGAAUCCUUAUGAAUCUAGCUUGGAAGAGCAAUUCUUCCCGCUUUGAGGAGUAAGAUCGGUUCCUGUUAGGUUGUUUCCAUUGGUUAAUACGACACUUGAUGAUGCAAUAUCAUUCUGUGUAUUAGCUUUUGGAAAUAUCUCCUGUUGAUUCCGAAAGGAUAAAUGGUUGAGAAGGCCUAAUGCCCUUUAGGAAAACAUGUAUUGGCUUUAAAGAGAUACCAAUCCUAGGACAUGUUUCUCUUAGCAUCCCACCCGUGAGGUUAGGGAUCCCAUGUCUAAGACACAAAGGGGCAUUUUACUUCACUAACCUUGUCUCCGCAUAUGACAGGUUUUCAUUUUUAUAGACAUUUGAGGUAUGAUUAGUUAUUCAUCUUCUGCAUUUAAACAUCAUUCUUGAGGUUAGUUCAAAAACAAGUGCAUAAAAAUGAAAAUGAAAAUUUCAUUCACAUGCAUUUUGCACUGCAUUUCACAUUUAAAAAAAAAAAAAAACAAAAAGAAAAAGAAAUGGAGGUUCUUCAAAGAUAAAUUCAUGAAAAAUCCAUCUUUUAGACAUCAAAAUAAUUUGAGCACAUGAUUUUGGAGCAUCACAUCAUCCAUUUUCUCCAAGUAUCACACCAUUCACUUUUUUUUCAAGCUUCAUAGCAUUGGCUCUUUUUCAAAGGAAUAGUAUGCCAACCUAAUGGUUGAAAUAGUGAAUCAUCAACUUCUCCUUUGAGACUUGUUUGGCAUAUUCAAUGAAGAAAAAUGCAUGCUUUAGGAUACAACUCCACAUACAUUAUCACUUUAGAGCAUAUUCAUGUUCCUUCAUCAUUCAUCUAUUGUUUAGCAUCCAUGUUUAUUUCUUUUCUUGCAUUCCCAUAAUCUUGCUUGAUUCUCUGCCUUCAACAAUUGAAAUAUGGGUUCAUACAUGGUCAAGCGCGAUUCUUCGUCAAUCAAGACACUUUUGCGAUAUUCAUCCGUGGAGAAAGCUUUGACCAACAAAGGAUUCAGGAGAUCUUCAAUUGCAAGCAUUUUCUCCAUUGUGGAUAAUUGCCAAGUCAAGAACCGAAAGCGGCCUCGAAGAUCAAAAGCUCAAGCACAUCACACUUCAUGUUGCUCCAACAAUCAAGGACAAGAAUGGAACUUCUCAUUAGACAAUUGUGCUUUGAAAGAUCUAGGAGUCAGAUUUUACUAGGGAAUUGAAUGCUACCAUCUUGAUGUACUUAGUGUGAUGUACUAGGCUUUUACUUUGUAAUGAAUGACCAUCUUUGUAAUGCAUGUUGAACUACUUGUAAGUGUCUUUUCUAUAGCCCUUGGAGUCUAUGGAAAUCUCAAGACGUUCAAAGAUAUUUUGCUUCAUUCGAGGCUCCUUAAGGAUUGGAAAUCAACAAUGUGUGAAUCCAUAUAGCAACUGUUGAAGCACUAAAUCAUGCAAAAUUAUGGGAUGACUUCUAACAUUAUUCUGACUUUGUUUAUUUUUCUUUUACUUUUGUUUGUAGGUUUCAUAAACUACUACAAAAACAAAAAAAAAGGGGGAGGCAUGACAGUCUCCUUAUGUUUUCUCUCUCUUUGGAGCAAUACAUCAUCCAUCUAGAAGGCGACCUCAACAUGCUUGUAUAAACUCACCAAGAUAUGAGGUUGAAGUGGACUUACACACGAGACUUGUGGAUUUAGAUUCAAUGAAUGAGGGGCAAAUCUAGGACAUGGGAAAUUCAAGUAUUAUUGCUCCUAGGGAUGAACCCCUAUUUGACAUGAUCAUUACUUCUACCUUGGGGGCACUUUGGCCAAUUGGACAGUCA